AUGGCGGACGUCGUCACCGAAGCUGGCGUCGUUGCAGAUCCCACCCAACUAGAUGUCAAACUGUUCAACCGCUGGAGCUUCGAAGACAUUCAGGUUAACGAUAUUUCGCUGGCUGAUUAUAUCGGAGUGGUGUCGUCGAAGCAUGCUACGUAUGUUCCUCACACAUCCGGUAGGUACUCGGUGAAGCGGUUUAGGAAAGCGCAGUGCCCCAUUGUGGAGAGGCUUACCAACUCUCUUAUGAUGCAUGGAAGAAACAACGGAAAGAAGCUCUUGGCUGUUCGGAUUAUUAAGCAUGCCAUGGAAAUCAUUCACUUGCUCACUGACCAGAAUCCAAUUCAGGUCAUUGUUGAUGCCGUCAUCAAUAGUGGUCCCCGUGAAGAUGCCACAAGAAUUGGAUCUGCUGGAGUGGUGAGGAGACAAGCCGUGGAUAUCUCACCCCUUCGACGUGUUAAUCAGGCCAUCUAUCUUCUAACAACAGGUGCACGGGAAGCUGCUUUUAGAAACAUCAAGACAAUUGCUGAAUGUUUGGCUGAUGAACUUAUUAAUGCCGCAAAAGGUUCAUCUAACAGUUAUGCCAUCAAGAAAAAAGAUGAAAUUGAAAGAGUUGCCAAGGCUAAUCGUUAAGCAGUUCGAAGCUUGUACUGCACCGGAGAUUUUGAUUCGAUCUUUGUACUUCAUUUAUCACAGUUUCGAUUAUUGUGUAAUACUCUCUAUGGCUUUAGUUUAUUUUUAGUUCCUUUUAAGGAAGAAUUUAAAUGAAGGAUUUUGAUUCUUGGACUUAAAUUCAUAUUAGUACUAGCAUGGUUUUUGAAAUAUUUGAUGAUUUCAAUGGGAAUGAUCUCCGUUUCCCGUGUUC